CGGAUGUGACGGUCUUCGAAUACUGUGAGAUUUUCAAAAAUUGAUAUGAUUCAUACAAAACGUGAUGUCAUACAUUUGAUCAGUACUCUCCAAACAGACAGGGCAUUAGCACGACUGACACUUAGACACUUCAAACAAUGGCAGGCGAUCAUAACCUCCUAAAGGUCGACCCAGCAAUCGAAAGAUGGGCUCACCUCCGUGAAAAUACCCAUUUGUACUUUGGCUGGAACAAGAGAAACGUCCGUGCUGCUGCACUUUGGAUGGUUGCCGUUCCCGUUGGCCUCACCAUUUUGGCUUACAAGACUGAUGUAAGUUUGUUGAUGUGAUUGUCUUCAAUCUGUUAGCUUUGCUCUCACCACUAAUUUUUAUGUCUCUUCUCCCCUUGAAUUAAUAACACAUUCACCUUAUCUAAACACACUACCUUCCAACGUCAUUUUACGAUUGCAGCGCAAAUGGGACUUCGCCGGUGCUGAAACCAAGGACCAGCUUCUUCAACGCCAACCCGCCGCUUCCGAAGAGAACUAGACGCUUUCUACUUUUUUAAUGUACAACUCCACAUUUCACCAAUUGUUUCCGCCUUGUAUAGUUUGAUAAAAGCAAUUUGUGUUGAGGAAUCCAUCGUUUGGUAUGAACUGUUUGGGUAUUGCCAACACAUUUCCCGCUGAGGUUAUAAGUACAAACUAGCUUUCAAGCUAAGUUUCGAGCACGAAGUUUCACAGGUUGAAAAAUGGUUCCUUUUUCUCAAUGUCACAUUGAACA